AUGUCCGGUUUGAUGGUAGCACUGAUGAUAAUAAUGAUAGGGGUGAUCAUAAUGUCUUCUUGUGUCUAUGGAAAAGAGUUCUCUGAUCGCAAGGAAAUCGAAGUAGAAAAACUUUUGAAGCGGCUCAACAAGCAUGCUCUAAUAUCCAUUAAGAGCGAUGAUGGAGAUAUAAUAGAUUGUGUUCCAAUACAUAGUCAACUAGCUUUUGAUCAUCCUCUACUUAAAAACCACAACAUCCAGAUGAGACCGAGCUUUAUACCGAAAGGUACGUCAACGUACACCAUGAAUUAUAGAAACGUUACUCAGGCGUGGCACGAGAAUGGAAUAUGCCCAGAAAAUACAGUUUCGAUAAGAAGAAUAAAGAAAGAAGAUAUCUUACGAUCAAAAUCAAUUGAGAAUUUUGGGAAAAAGAUGACUCCAGGCAUCCUUUUAUAUGGCUCAAGUAGUGUUCAUGAGUACGCGGUCAUGAAUUGCAAGAAAGGAAAGUAUUUCGGGACACAAUUUGCAGCGAAUAUCUGGAAACCAAAAGUUCAAGUUUCCAACGAGUUCAGCUUGGCUCAGACUUGGCUCUCGUCUGGAGUUGGCACUAAUCUUAACACAAUUGAAGCUGGUUUUCAGGUUUAUCCAGAAAUAUAUGGUGAUAACAAUCUAAGAUUAUUUGUUUACUGGACGGCCGAUGAUUAUCAAAAGACAGGGUGCUACAACACCAACUGCCCAGGUUUCGUUCAAACUAGUAAUCGUAUCACUGUAGGUGGAACCUUCAAAAGCGUCUCAAAAUACGACGGUAUUCAAAUCGCGGUCAUCAUAAUGAUAUGGAAGGACGGCGAUUACUGGUGGCUACAGAUUAACAAAGAGAUUGUCGGCUACUGGCCUGCUAAGUUAUUCACUUCUCUAGGAAAGGGAGCUACGGAAGUUCAAUGGGGAGGUGAGAUCGUUAACGAGAAGACCGGUGGGAAACACACGAGCACCGACAUGGGAAGUGGACAUUUUGCAAAUGAAGGUUAUAGAAAAGCCAGCUAUUUCAGGAAUCUUAUGACAGUUGAUAAAACCAAUACUCUGAGAGAACCACAAGGAGUUUUUCCCACAACUACCAAUGAUAACUGUUACAGCAGUAAGGUAGGACGUAAUGGAACUUCCUGGGGGUUUAAUUUCUUCUAUGGUGGUCCUGGCCUGAACGCUAACUGCCCUUGAUUUGAAUCUUUGUGCUCAACGUUUUUUUGAGUAUUUUACGUAUUUGUUUGCAUUUGAAUAUGAGAGUG